AUGUGCCCACUUCAUCAGCACAUAUAUAACAUCAGAAAUUCCGUUUAUUAUUUCUUUAUUAUCUUUUUCGCUUUCUCUCUCACUUUCUCUCUCUCUCACACUUUUUGUUUCUUUCUGACUCUCUUCAUUUUUCUGUCAAUCCCUCUAUCACUCUCUCUGUCGCUUGCUAUUUGUUCUUUAUGCCUUUUCGUUUUACUCUAUUAUUCUUUCUCUUUGUAUUUCUCCAUUUCUUUCUCUCACCUUCCCUCCCUCUCUAUUACUAUUCUUUCUGUCUGUUUCAUUAACAUUCUCGAUUUCUUUAUCCCCCCCUCUUUCCCUCUCUCUCUCUCCCUCUCUCUCCCUUUCUCUCUCUCUCUCUCUAUAUAUAUAUAUAUAUAUAUAUCACCUUUUUCUAUUUUUCUUUCCUUCUUUCUUUCUUUCUUUCUUUCUUUCUUUCUUUCUGUUUUUCUCUUUCUACCUGUAUUUUCUCUACUAUAUUCCCUAUUAUUCCCACUCUUUUGUUUGUUUCUUUAUGUCAUUCUCUACUUCUCCCUCUCUUUACUCUCACCCUCUCUCUUUCUUUAUGUUUGUUUCUUUAUGUGCCUCUCUAUUUCUCUCCCUCUAUUUUUCACUCUUUUUCUUGGUUUCUUAAUUCUCUCUCGUUCUUUUUAUUUCUCUUUCUUUCUUUAUGCCAUUCUUUCUUUUCUCUCUCUCUCUCUUUCUUUCUCUCUAUCUCUCUCUCUCUCUCUCUUUCUAUUGUCCUCUCGCUUUCUACUUACUUCUUUACGUGUUUCUCUAUUUCCUCCUCGCUCUUCCUUUUCUGGUCUUCCACGAUUACAACCCCACCACGCAUUCUUUUCCUAUUAA